AGAGCUUGUCAACUCAUCCAGGUACUGCAAUCAACCAAUAUCAUUAUCUUAAUUUCACUUCUGUAUUCACAAUCAACUUACCGGUUACUGGAACCUACAACCCAUCUCUUUAUAUGAUAACCUUACAUCGUUUUGAUAAUGACCCUUGACAUCAUGCAUGAUCAAGAUCUCAGUCGAUCAAGGACGCCCUCAAUCAUGAAAGCAACUCCCCAACGACCAGGGCCAAAUGGCUCGCGUGUUGUUAAGAAACGAUCAUUACCUCGCCUUGGGGAUGGCCUUUGCGAUGUCUUCUCAAUUACACUUAAUUCUCCUGCUCAGACCGAGGAUAUUUCCAUUUCUUCCGUCGAUCAUGAGACUAGUAGCUCAGUAUUCACUCCAUCAGAGGAGGCUUCUACUGCCAUGUCAUCUACGCCUGAUUCAAGCACUGGAACCUUCAAUUUUGAUAUCGGAUUGGAUUCUGACGACUCUACUAAAAUACCCGAAUAUUACAUCUCUCGGACUGUCUCUUACGAGCCGUCCCUUACCACUCCUUACACGCCCAGCCGUGUCAAGCCGACAUUGGAGACACGGCCUCAAGUAUCUCUACAGAUAGGUGCCAGCCCUACUUCUAGCCCGUCCCCCAAGUUACUACGCCUUUCAGACAUAUUCGAAUCCUUGGGGCCUCUACCAAACGAUUCGCCUCCUAAGACGCCCGAAGGGCAAAUUGCCAAUGAAUCUCUCGUAGCCUGCUCAAGUGUUCAUAAGAUAGACGCGUGGUACCACAAUGAAAAAUCGCCGGUUCGGGGAGCUGACGGCUCGGCUGGGUCAUCCCAGUAUUUGGAUUUGUUUGAGGCAUCUAUCUCACGAGUGAAGUCUCCCGGAGAAGAUGAACAUGUCGCCAACCAGCUGCGUUACAUGCUCCAAUACUCGGGGCUGUGUUCCCCUAAUACCUUGUACCCGGAUAUUCAACCAGUUCCUCAAUCACCGCUUGAAAUUAUGCGUGAACAUUUCUACGCGAAGCUAAGGCGUUGCACUGAUGUCCACCAUACUGGUUCGCCUUUAGAAGCUGAGACUAAUGUGCAUAUUUUUGUGGACAUGUCUAACAUUUUCAUUGGUUUCUGCGAGAGUUAUAAACUUUCCAAGCAAAUCCCACUUACCCGCAAGAUAAGCAUACCUCCAUUCUCAUUCAAAACGUUGGCACUUGUGAUGGAACGAGCAAGGGAUGUGCAGAAGAGAGUGCUGGCUGGAUCUAUUUACGGCGUAGCAAGCAAUAACCCCCGGGCGUCCUGGCCAGCGUACUUCUUGGAGGCAGAGCAGUUGAACUAUAAGAUGAAUGUCUUUAGUCGUGUUCGAAAGCGGAAGAUCUCGCCAAACAAAACAAAGGGGAGAGGUCGAACUCCAACCGAACGUCCCGACGAAAUAGGCGAGAUUUCUGACGACUUCACAUACGAAGUACGGAACGGAGAGCAAGGUGUGGACGAGAACCUUCAUCUAAACAUGAUGGACAGCAUGUGGGACAACAUGUCACACCCUGGUACAAUGGUGUUGGCCACCGGAGACGCAGCCGAAGCCGAGUUUUCCGGGGGGUUCUUGCAAUAUGCUAUUCGCGCUCUCGAAAAAGGAUGGAAACUUGAGUUGGUAACAUGGAAGCGACCUCUCUCAUCCGCUUGGACAGACCCGAAGUUCAUAAAGAAGUACGGGAACCAGUUCAGCAUCAUCUUCCUAGACGACUUUCUAGAAGAGUUGCAGACCGGCUUUCUCGCCUAGGACGCUGCCACGUUCAUAUCUAACUAGGGAACUACUCCUAGAUUUUUUUUUUCUAAAAGAGGGAUGGGAAACCCUCUAUUGCAUUUGGCUGCUAUAUUUCGCUGUCUGUGUGGCAGACAUAUUUUCAGCUCCUUUUUUCUUCACCUUUUGACGCAUCUAUGCAUUCAGCAAGCGGUGUCUGGCGUAUUACGGUCAUUCGACUAUCUACACGUUUCUCAAACAGCUUGAUCUCGAGGCUAUGGAAUGUGCCUUACCAGGCGAGCUGGAACCAUCUCGGAGCAAUGAUGGAAGUUGGAGUUAACUGGAGCAUGGCUGAAUUCUACCUUUCAACGCGUUGGACGGUAAAUAUUUGUUUUUCAACUGGCAUUAUAAAGACUAGACGACACGACACGACGGCGAAAUGAUGCAUCAUGACACGAAGGGUUCCGAAUACACGACAGGCUUCAGAAGGAUAGACCGACGUUGACAUUCUAAUAUUUGGCGUUUUCUACAUGGAUGGCAACAGUUUUUUUUCUCUUUUUCUUCAAAGUGAACCUUGGCGAUUGGACCCGGUUUGGACCCCUUCACAUCUUACAUUGUGAGGAGUUUUUAUUCGCAUCGUAACCGGUUGACUGUUAAAUCAGACGUUAAGAUUAAGAUAACCGUUUGUCCGGGCAAUCCUACGCAUUUGUGGAGUUCUGGUUUGCAUGGGGGAUGAUCUACGUGGAUAU